AGUAGUAGUCUCGGUUCCUUUUCUUUCUCUGGCAUAUAUGCUUCCAACGUAAUAUCAAGAGUGUGGGGCUGUUUUGUACAACAUGCGAUUUUGGAUUGGUGGCGUUCUACAAGGAAACAAAAGGGUUUAAUAACGAUACCAUGGAGCGAAAUUAUCUUUAAUAGAAGAACUGCUUUACUCAGAUCAGGAUUCAUAGAAAGCAAAAGUUUUCUCUUACAUGUUUGCUUAAAUAUAAAUUUGACCAUGAAAUUUAUAGCUGCAUACCCGCCCGUAGCGGUUGAUAUGGGAAGAAAUCUUAGCACCAUAGUCUGUCUUGUAGCGCCUAACACGAAACAUGAUUAG